CUGGACUUUUCGUCCACUAAAAAUUCGUCCACUGUGACUGUUGAACUCGAGACGAUUCGUCCACAACCAAAAAUUGUUCUUGGACAAUUCGUCCACUAUAAUUUUUUUCUAUUAGUUAUUUACCGUAUAUUUCGUCCACGGACUAAAUAAAUGUAUGGACACUUUUUCAUUUGAGUGGAAUAUCGACACAGAGUAUUGCCUGAGAAGCGCAGAUUGUAACCUAACCUAACAGCUUUGCCAUGCCUAUAAGGCUAUAUAUAUCUCUGACAUUGCCAGUGGUUUUGCCCACAGCAGAAGGGGGGUUACCAAGUAUGAUGGGGGGAAAUUUGAUAGACAUACUCUAUUAUUGUUAUAAUAUUGUAAUUAUAAUAGGGUAUGGUAUUUUCACAUAAAUGACAACAUUUUCAUCCGAUGCGCAUUGACGCAAACUUCCCAGUAGAAACAACAAAAACCAUGUCGACGAAAUGAGUACGGUAAUACAGCAAUCGCAAUGUAGAAAUGGUAUUUUAGCAAGAGUUGUUACUAGCUUUGUUUUCUAAAUAGUAUGUCAGAAUUAUAGGUGUAAUUGAAGAGCAAUUUGAAUAAUAACAUAUCAAUAAAGUACUAUAAACAAUGGACACAGACAGACCACAACAAGUUGAUAGUGCCACUAAACUUUACUUUGUUUCAUAUACUAGUUCUAGUAGUUUACCACAAAACGAAAAUAAUUAACCAUUUCAAUGGCUAAGAAAUAACAUUUUAGAUUUAUUUGUCUUAAUGUUGUAAUCGAGUGCACGAAUUGUCCGAGGUAGGUGGACGAAUUGUACGGUGGACGAAACGUCCAAAGGACGAACCGUCUGGAAAGCGUGGAACAACACAUUAUUUUGUGUUACAUAUGGUUUAUCAUUAAAUGUAUAAAUAUACUAGCUUACGGUAUCAUCUUCAGACCUCGACGUGGGAAAAAAAGGCUAAAUCAAUUAAUUUUUCCACAAUGGAUGACAUCCAGAGUGAUCCUCGCUUUAGUCAUGUUACUAAAGAUCCUCGAUUCAGACAGGUGCCCAGGAAGGAAAGGAAAGUAAAAAUUGACAAACGGUUUCAAUCUAUGUUCAGUGAUAAAAGAUUUAAGCUGAAAUAUUCUGUUGAUAAAAGAGGAAGACCCGUUGACACAUCAACAGAUGAGAAUCUCAAGAAGUACUAUGAACUUUCAAGUGAGAGUAGUAGUAGUGAGGAUGAUGAAGAUGUUGAUGAUGAUAUAGAGAAGGAUCAUGGAAAAGAAGACUUACAUGAAAAAGAUGACAGUGGUGUUGAUGAUGAGUCAGUUAAAUCUAGUAUGUCUGAGGACUUGGAGAGAGAAGAAAUGGAACUGGCGUCAAAGAAAAUUGCCAAGAUGCAGAAAAGUGCUAGUGGCAAGAGCGUCAGUAAACUUUCUUCAGAACAGAAACACAGAGAGACUGGUAGACAUAGAUUUAAUGUGCAGUCACAUAAUGAAGAGGAUAGUGACACUUCCAGCUCAAAUGAUCACACGAAGAACUCUUCAAAUAGGCAGCAAAAGAAUACUAUUAAAUCAGGAUCAUCUGCAUCACAUAAUAAAGAUGAAAAGAGUUCACAAGUGCAAGAAAGUGAAAAUCGUCAGAAGAAGACAAAAUCCAAACAGAAGAAAACAGUAGGGAAAUCUAAGAAAGAGUUAAUAGACAUGGCAACUGCACCUGAUCUGGCACGGGGAGCUGUUCUCUUGGAAAGUUCAUCUGAAGAUGAAGAUCUUUCUGAUGAUGAAGAUGGUGAAUUUGAUCAUGGCUGGGGAGAGCUGGACAAGGACGUCCCAGAGGCAGAGGAUCUCGGUCAUCGUCUCGCUAUCUGUAACAUGGACUGGGACCGCGUCAAAGCUCACGACCUUUACCUUCUCUUCAACUCAUUUGUACCAACAGGAGGAAUUCUACAUUCUAUUAAGAUCUAUCCAUCGGAGUAUGGUGUGCAGCGCAUGGCUGAGGAAGAGCGGAGUGGACCGGUGGAACUCACUAAACAAGUCGAGGAACCAGAGCCUCACGAGGAGUCACAAGAUGGAAGCCGAUACCAUCGUGAGAAGUUAAGACGGUACCAGCUCAACAGGCUGAAGUAUUAUUAUGCUGUAGCUGACUUUGACUCUGUUAAAACAGCCAGCCGUGUCUAUGAUGAAUGUGAUGGAAGAGAAUUUGAAAGUAGUUCAUCUAAACUGGAUCUUCGUUACAUUCCAGAUGGCAUGAAGUUUGAAGACAAACCUAAAAGUGAAUGUACCUCAAUAGCUGUUGCUAAGUACAAACCUCAAAAUUUCUAUACCUCUGCCCUUUGUCAGUCCAAGGUUGAUCUCACAUGGGAUGAAACCGACCGAGAUCGGAUUAGUGUUACCAUGAAGAAAUUCCAGAAGGAAGAGAUUAACGAAGACGAUUUUAAGGCUUUCUUGGCCUCGGACUCGGACGGAGAAGCGGACUAUGGUGAUCUAGUAGCAGCUUCAGAUGACAGUGAUUCAGAUCAGAGCGAUGAGGAGAAGCAGAUUGACAAGUACAAACAACUUCUGCAGAGUCUGGAUGACGGCAAACAAACAUCAAAAGACAAUGAUAUGGACAUGGAAAUAACGUGGGAACCUGGUCUGAAGGAAACUGCAAAAGACAUUGUGAAAAAGAAAGAGAGAGAAAGUGGUCAGACUCCAUGGGAAGAAUACCUCCAUAAGAAAAAACAAAAGAAGAAGCAGUUAAAGGAACAGAAGAAGAGUGCUGCUGAAAAGAGGGAGAGAGAGAGUCAGGCUCAUGCUACAGAACACGGUGAAGCUUUCAGUGAUGAUGAGUUGCCACCUGGUGUUGACUUGAAUGAUCCUUUCUUCACAGAUGAGCUGAAGGACUCCGACAAAGUGAAAAAGAAAGGUCAGAAGAAAAAGAAUAAAAGAAAAGACUUAACAGAAGAAGAGCUGGCUAAACAAAAGCAAGAACAAGCAGAACUUGCACUGUUGACGAUGGAAGAAAAUGAAGAAGGCAAACACCAUUUCAAUCUGAAUGAUUUAGUACAAGACAAGAAAAAGAAGAAGAAAAAGAAACACAAAAAUCAAGUUAAUGUGGAAGUGAAUGAUAAUUUUGAGAUAAAGGUUGAUGAUCCUCGGUUUAAUGCAAUGUACAACUCACAUUUGUUCAACAUUGAUCCUUCGGCACCAGAGUUUAAAAGGACUAAAGGUAUUGAAGCAAUAAUAGAAGAAAAACUGAAGAGAAGAAAGCAUCCAGAACAAACAAAAUCUGAAUUUGAUGUUUCUGAGAAUGUGACUGCAAAACGAAGAAAACAUUCUAGUGAACAGGAUGGUGAAUCAUUUUCUAGAACUGAGCUUGAGACAUCAGCAAAGGAUGUGUCCUUGACAUCUCUUGUGAAGUCGGUCAAGGCUAAAACUCAACAAUUUUACAGUAAAAAGAAGUUCAGAUGAUGAACAUGUCAGAGUUUAUCAAAGUUGUGAUCAUUAUGUAGAUCAAGAUUCUUUGGCAUUAUGUCUAAACUGAAUCUGAAAUAAAAUAUAAAGACACUG